UGUUUUUGUGGCGGUGGGAUAUGUUUUCUCUCUCUCUCUCUCUCUCUCUCUAAAUGUGUCGGUUUUAUUUAGUUUUUCCGCCGUGGUAAGCAAUGAAGGCAGUUUGAGAGCGGAGCACACUGAGGAGAGAUGAGUCCCGCCGAAAAACCUUGCAUCUUUCCGCUUCUUCAACGACCGCCGUUGCAUAUUUAACGUACGGUUAAGGUGGAGACUAUCAGUAGUCAUUUUUCACGGAACUACACUGACAAUCUAGCGACGACGAAGAUAAUUCGUUAGAAGGUUUUUGGGGGGGAGGGGGGUUAGCUGUGGUGGCUAGUGGGCGAUGUUAUUCGGGAAAGGCUCGCCUGAGUGUUGUCUUUUUCGGGCAGAGAUGGAGAGGAUUCGUUCCUCUCCCUGGACCUGAUCACGGCGCGCGCGCCGGACACACAGACUUCUUCCUUAUUAUUGUUACUAUCAUAUUCCGGUUUGACGGGACCGCAGAGUCGGAGGACCUUUUCAGUAGCUCGGAGGACUGUGCAAUCAAGACCGGACCGGGAGAAUCGGACCUGCUGCGCCGGAGCGGAUAGAGGCCAGUCUGCGUGAAGCCUUAAUCAGGCCCGCUGCGCGAGACCCACCGGGCCAGCUCGCGCGCUCACUCGCAUAAACAUCAACAAACUCAAGAUUGAGAGAGAGAGAGGGACGGAGCCCUCCCGGGCAAACAUAACCCCUUUCUCUCUAACAAUGAACCAGGAAUAAAACUAAAGUGCUUUGAACUGCUGUCAUGGCAAUGACUGCAAAACUUAAAGAAAUAGUCAGUCGGAAUAAGAGGAGGUUCCAGGAUGAUGGAUUCGAUUUGGACCUGACAUACAUCUACCCAAACAUCAUUGCCAUGGGCUUUCCUGCCGAACGGUUGGAGGGGGUUUACAGAAACAACAUUGAUGACGUAGUGCGAUUUUUGGAUUCCAAACACAAGAACCAUUAUAAAAUCUAUAACCUAUGUGCUGAGCGACACUACGAUGCAUCCAAAUUCAACUGCAGGGUGGCACAGUAUCCGUUUGAGGACCACAACCCACCUCAGCUUGAGUUAAUAAAGCCCUUCUGUGAGGAUCUCGACCAGUGGUUGUCUGAGGAUGAGAACCAUGUGGCCGCCAUCCACUGUAAAGCUGGCAAAGGUCGCACAGGGGUCAUGAUCUGUGCCUACCUUUUGCACCGCAAGAAGUUCUUUGAGGCACAAGAAGCACUGGACUUUUAUGGGGAAGUUAGGACCAGGGAUAAAAAGGGGGUAACCAUUCCCAGCCAGCGUAGGUAUGUGUAUUACUACAGCUACUUGCUGAAGAACAAGCUGGACUAUAAACCAGUUGCUCUCCUCUUCCACAAAAUGGUUUUCCAGACUCUGCCCAUGUUCAGUGGGAGCAAUUGCAGGAACAGUACUGUUAAAAACAGGAGUGAGGUGAAUCCCCAGGGUUUCAAGAAAGGCAGCUUGCACUGGGACCCUCAGUUUGUUGUGUAUCAGUUGAAGGUAAAGAUCCAUACGUCAAACCCGGCCCACACACGGAGGGAAGAAAAGCACAUGAUCUUUGAGUUCCCUCAGCCUUUUCCUGUAUGUGGUGACAUAAAAGUGGAAUUCUUCCACAAACAGAGCAAGAUGAUGAAGAAGGAUAAAAUGUUCCAUUUCUGGAUAAACACAUUCUUCAUCCCGGGUCCCGAGGAAGCUGGGGAGAAAGUGGAGAAUGGGUCAGUGGUCAACGAUGUGGAUAGCCUCUCCUCUCAAAACCAGGGCUCUCUGGCGGAGAGGGAGAGAGAGGAGCAAGGAGUCGGAGGAGGACUUGAAAGAGAAAAAGGUGCAGAAAGGGGAGGGGAGCGAGCAGGGACAGUAGACGGAGAUAAAGACUACUUGAUUCUGACCUUAACGAAGAAGGACCUGGAUAAGGCCAAUAAGGACAAAGCUAACCGUUAUUUCUCACCCAACUUCAAGGUAAAGUUGUACUUUACAAAGACUGUAGAGGAGCCCUCAAACUCAGAAGCGAGCAUUUCAACUUCUGUCACUCCGGAUGUGAGCGACAAUGAACCAGAUCACUACCGCUAUUCUGACACCACCGAUUCCGAUCCUGAGAAUUAACCUUUUGAUGAAGAAACAUACCUGCUGGGAAAAAAAACAGACAAACAACCAACACCAGUGAAAUAAAAAAGGAGAAAACUUGAAAAUAAACUGAAGAGGAAAAAGACUCUUCCUCCACCCCCUCCACCCUCCAACAGCUCAAAGACAGUUUGUAACAUCACACGCCAUUGAUUAAAGAUGACAAAAAGUAUCCUGACCAAUAUAUUGUUUUACUUCAUUUAUUAUGAUGAAUUUCUUGUGUGGAUCAUGACACUGUUGCCUGAGGCGGGAGGGAGGGUCCUGUAGCUAUUCUGUGUAUAUAAAAUCCCUUUUUUAUGUCAAAGACAAUAAAUCUAGGCAAUCAGGCAAGGGGAGGAGAGAUAUAGCAGACCACACACAUCUUUUCUUUCUCCCUGUCAUCACCCAGGCCAGUGCUUCAAUCACUCUCUCCCCCUCUUCAUCGCUCUUCCCCUCCAUACUGUGAAUGCUUGUUGUGCAGGCGCUAAGAUCUUUGACCCCCUGCCUGCGCAGUGUGUGCUGGGAUACGUAGUCCUUCAGGCUGUCGUACAAAGGCUCUACAGUGUGCCAGCAUUCCUUGUCCUAGCCUCACAACCCUGCCCCUCCACCCCUCUCUCCACCCCACCCCCCAAUGUGUGUAAUGAUAAAUUAUGCAGAAAAACACGACAUCCCAUGUAAUUGUCGAGGUUUACCUUCUUUUUUUUUUAAAUCCUAAGAUAAUAAAAAUCUAAAACACGAAAGUGCAGGGAACCAGUGUUUGCUUUAAUGUUAACUCUCAACAUUUCGAGGACAAAUUGGUGUGCAUGUCAUUGGAGUCAGUGUCCAUGUUUAAUAAAUGCUAUUUGAUGUGUUUUUAUUAAAACAGAAGUGUCCGAACUCUCUUAAACAGUCGUGU